AGAUUUCGGUGAAUAAAAAUGUUUGGAAACCUAAAACACAGUAUUUGACUUAACGGUGACACGCAUGGGUCAGAGACCUGAACAUUUCCAGGACAGAAAAAAAAAAAGGAGGAUCCAAUGGUUUAAACCAUUUUUACGUCUAAGCAGGCUGGACUUCCGGUUAUGUUGGAAAUUUGGCCAUAUUGUGUGUGGUUGCAAUGGUGUAUUGUUUAAGCAUAUUACCGGCAAAAUAACCGUAAUUAAAUUGAAGGAAAUGUAAAAUGGCUAUCAGCAGAGAAGUAUUUGUUUUAGAUAAUGGUGCAUACACAGCAAAAGUUGGAAUUUCAAAUUCUGAGCAUCCUAGGGUCAUCCCAAACUGCAUCAUGAAAGCAAAGAGUGAGAGGAGGAGACCAUUUGUUGGUGAUCAACUGGAAGACUGUAGGGAUGCAUCAGGACUGUUUUAUAUACUGCCAUUCCAGAAGGGAUAUUUGGUGAAUUGGGAUGUUCAGAAGAAUGUAUGGGACUAUAUCUUCAGUAAAGAGUGCUGUCCAGCUAAUUUCUCUGAGACACCUCUUGUUGUUACUGAACCAUACUUCAAUUUCCCUUCCAUUCAAGAGGCCAUGACUGAAAUCUUCUUUGAGGAAUAUGAAUGCAAAUCGUUAUUGAGGAUAAAUGCUGGAGACCUGAGCUGCUAUAACUACAAGAAGAAGAAUCCUGGUACUCUGUGUUGUCUACUGGUUGAUUCAGGCUACAGCUUCACUCACGUUGUGCCCUAUAUAAAAGGCAAGAAACUGAAACAAGGCAUCAGAAGGAUCGAUGUGGGUGGCAAGAUGCUCACCAACCACCUGAAGGAGAUAAUCUCUUAUAGGCAGCUUCAUGUAAUGGAUGAAACUCAUGUUAUGAACCAGGUCAAAGAAGAUGCCUGUUUCGUGUCACAGAAUUUUUUCCGUGACAUGGAUAUAGCCCGUAAGAGAGAUAAAGAGAAUACCAUUGCUCGAGACUAUGUUCUGCCUGAUUUUACCACUCUCAGGCGAGGAUAUGUUCGUUCUAUAGAUCCAGUUGAUAAGGCUGGUGAGAGUGAACAGCAACAGAUUCUACGCUUGAACAAUGAGCGCUUUACGGUGCCAGAGAUCAUGUUCCACCCUUCAGAUUUGGGCAUCUCACAGAUGGGAAUUCCAGAAGCUAUUUGCCACAGCAUAGGAGUAUGCCCUGUGGAAGCUCAGCCACACCUUUAUGCCAACAUUCUACUUACUGGUGGCUGCUCACUCUUUCCUGGUUUUCGAGAGCGAGUUGAAGCUGAAGUGCGAAGCAGAGCACCAGAUGACUUGGAUGUUCAGGUUACAUUACCAGCAAACCCUGUAACCUAUGCAUGGCAUGGGGGAGCAUUGCUGGGUCAAGACUCAGAGUUCUCCAACAUGACAGUGAGCAGAGAAGAAUAUGAAGAAGAGGGACACAGUUUAUGUUUUGAGAAGUUUGAUAUUUGAUGUGAUGAUGGAAAUGCAUAUGCGCCUCACAUGCAGUAAGAAAAGAUGCAGAAUCAUUUCAUUACUCACCUGCAGACAUGAGAGGAAGCCAGCAUGCUCUUCCCAACCCCUUUGUUUGCAUAGCCUUGUGGAACAGAAGUGGGAGCCUGUGACAAGAUGUACUAAAUGAGAGAUGUAUUUGAAACAGAGUAUUAGAAAAAAGUACAUUAUUAUAGCAGUACAAAUAUUCCAGACAGUGGGAAAAGAAACUCACACACACACACACACACACACAGUUCACAUGUUAUUACAUAAUUCUUCUAUUAAAACAUGUUAUAUAAUUAUAUAAGGCCCACCCUCACAUUAUUUUUUUUUUUUGCGCACAGAGUCGGGGGAGAGGUGGUAUGUACAAGGUGGUUCAAAUAUGACCGGGACUGAUUUAAAAAAAAAAAAACAUAAUUGCCAAACACUUACUUGCACA